CUCAGGCUGCGCAGUGACAGCAGGGGCAUCUUGCGUUGUGAACAAACCUCAACAUGGCAGAUUUUAUUCUUAUGGAGGAUGAUAAGAAGCCAGAAGAGUCUACUACGACGAGUGAACCCGGUGAAACGUCCCAAGAAGUGCAGAAUGGGGACAAAACGGAGAAUGAAGAGGAUAAAACUGAUGAUGAGAAACAGGAUGGCAAAGAGCGCUCACGAAAAGGAAACCGCUUUCACCCCUACAAAGACAAACAGGACAGGAAGGCCGGUCAGAAGAACCGAGUCUUCAUCAGCAAUAUCCCCUAUGAUAUGAAGUGGCAGGCUAUUAAAGAUCUAAUGCGUGAGAAAGUUGGUGAGGUUACAUACGUGGAGCUCUUUAAGGAUGCAGAAGGAAAGUCAAGGGGCUGUGGUGUGGUGGAGUUCAAAGACCAUGAGUUUGUCAAAAAGGCUCUGGAGGUUAUGAAUAAAUAUGUCUUAAAUGGAAGACCACUCAACAUUUCAUCAGAUCCGGAUGGAGAGAUCGCCCAGCGGGUCCUGCAGCGUUUUGCCAGAGGGCCACUGGGGGGUCGUCCUGACAUGGCCCCUGGAGUUGUGAACAUCCCGCCCUCCAUCGCCAACAACCCCAACAUCCCCCCCGAGGUCAUCCACGCUCUGAGGACUGGACGCCUAGGCACCACUGUCUUUGUGGCCAAUCUUGAUUAUAAGGUGGGCUGGAAGAAGCUGAAGGAGGUCUUCAGUAUGGCGGGUAUAGUGAAGAGAGCUGACGUGAAGGAGGACAAAGAUGGACGAAGUCGUGGAAUGGGAAUGGUCAUCUUCGAGCAGCCACUAGAAGCAGUGCAGGCAAUUUCCAUGUUCAAUGGACAGAUGCUUUUUGACAGACAGAUGUUAGUCAAAAUGGACGACAAGUCGAUUAUGCUUGACGACUGUGGUCCCCAGCUGCCUCGUGGACUGUCUGGUGUGGGCAUGGGACUGGGACCAGGGGGGCAGCCCAUCAAUGCCAACCGUCUGAGUGGAGGAGGCGACAUCUGCCCCAUGAGGCCUGGAGGGAUGGACAUGCCCGGAUACAGUGGAAUGAACAGGCUUGGAGGAGGUAUGGGAGGAGGCUUUGGGGGCAUGGACAACAUGGGCAGUAUGGGAGGAUUCAGCAGAGACAUGGGUCGAAUGGGAGACACGUACCGGUCGGGAAUGGGAGGCAUGGACCGGGAUUUCGGCCGCAGUGACAUGUCAAUGAACAGAGGGUUUGGAGACUCAUUUGGAGGAAUGGGAGGCGGUGGAUUCGGAGGAGGCAUGGGCAGUGGCGGCAUGGGCAUGGGAUCAGGGCUAGGUGGAGGGAUGGGCGGCAUAGGCAUGGACAGGAUGGGCUCUGGGUUCGACCGCAUGGGGCUGUCAGGGGGGCUGGACAUGAACCGCGGGAGCUUUGGGGGCUUUGGAGGCAGCGGCUCAGGGCACAUGAGCGGGGGCAUGUCUGACGGAAGGGGCAAACCAGGCUGCCAAAUCUAUGUCCGAAAUCUUUCGUAUGAUUUGACAUGGCAGAAGCUGAAAGAGAAGUUCAGUCAUUGUGGCCAGGUGAUGUACGCAGAGAUAAAGAUGGAGAACGGCCGGUCAAAGGGCAGUGGCACAGUGCGUUUUGACUGCCCCGAGAGCGCGGAGAAGGCCAUCAGACUCAUGAACGGAACCAAGAUCAACGGACGCGAGGUGGACGUGCGCCUGGACCGUGCCACCUAAACAAACCUUUUCUAGAUCCACACGCCCUCAUUCAGCCCUUUUUGGCCAAUUAUGGUUUUGUUUUGUUUUAAAAACGCUAAUUACCCCACAACCAUGUUCAUUCUUUUGUUUUGUUUAUAUUCAUCAUAGGUAUUUUAUCUUUGUUUUGUAAAUCCCUUUUUUGUCAAGGCAGUUUGAAGAAAUAAAGUUUUUAAUUUUUAAA